AAUUAAAAGAUUCAAUAAAAUAAAAUUAAAAAAAUAAAGAGUUUAAAAAUUUAUUUUGUCUAAAUUUAUCUAAGACAAAAUAAUAAUAAUAAUAAUAAUAAUAAAUUAGAGAAGCACACGAGGUGUGGGAGAAUUUAUGAAUUCUAGCUCCAAGAUUAUUGCAUCAUGGCUUAUAGGUGGACAAUAGAUCUCAUGGAUAACUGAGAAUCUUUUGUAUUGUACACAGUUAUAUGAGUCAUGUUGACAAUUGAAAGUACAGAGGGGGAAAAGUACUGGUGUGAUGUGCCACUUGACUAAAGACAGAAGAGAGAAAAAGCGAGACAAGAUCAACACAUAUGGGGUCCCAAUUGGCAUGGGGUCUAGCUGUAAAGACCUGAAAAACAACUCACAAAUUCAAUGUAAAUUAAAAACAAAGUCUAAAAGGGCUAGCCCCAUCGGACUCAGCCGCCUCUACCUCAUGCCACACAGACAAAUACUCUUCGUUCAACUUCCAGGGUCAUGUCUAUAUAAAUCCCAUCAACUUGUUAUUCAAGAAACCAUCGGAAAUGGAAUUUGCUAUGGCUGAGAAGCAGAAGCCCCAACCCCAUAUCCAUCUUGUGAUUGAUGUUUCAUCUAAUGCAACACCACCACAGCCACCAACAAAUUGUUGUUACUCUCUAAAGAUGAUUAAGGAGUCUUUUAUUUCAAUCUUGGCUAGGUUUCAUGCUGGAUAUUUUAGGAUAAGCCUCUCCCUUUGUAGCCAAGCUUUGCUGUGGAAAAUUCUUGGAGAUGAUGGAUCAAUUGAUUCGCAUGUUCUUCGACGUGUGUUUCAAUUUCUACCCUCCACAGCUUUUAUUCUUCUUUGGUCAAUAGCUCUAUUUACAGUUGCUUCACUCUCACUUCUUUACGUUCUUAGAUGCUUUAUUCACUUUGAAAUGGUGAAGGCUGAAUUCUUGCAUCACGUAGGAGUGAACUAUCUCUUCGCUCCUUGGAUUUCUUGGCUUCUUUUGCUUCAGUCGACGCCAUUUCUUAAACCAAAAAGUACGUACUAUCUUGUCCUUUGGUGGGCUUUUGUUGUUCCAAUGUUGGUUCUUGAUGUCAAGAUUUACGGCCAGUGGUUUACUAAAGGGAAGAGAUCAUUGUCAACAGCCGCCAAUCCGACAAGUCAGCUUUCAGUGAUCGGGAACUUGGUCGGAGCUCAAGCCGCAGCACAAAUGGGGUGGAAAGAGAGCUCUUUAUGCAUGUUCUCAUUGGGUAUGGCACAUUAUCUUGUGCUAUUUGUAACAUUAUAUCAAAGGUUAUCUGGUGGCAAUUGUCUACCAACAAUGUUGAGGCCAGUUUUCUUCUUAUUCAUUGCUGCUCCAAGUAUGGCAAGUUUGGCUUGGAAUUCAAUUUCUGGAAGCUUCGAUAACCUGGCAAAAAUGUUCUUCUUUCUCUCGCUUUUCCUCUUCUUAUCACUGGUAUCAAGGCCAGCCCUGUUCAAGAAAUCAACAAGAAAGUUUAAUGUAGCAUGGUGGGCAUACGCAUUCCCUUUGACAGUACUGGCACUAGCUUCAGCAGAUUAUGCAGAGCAAGUGAGAGGAGGUUUUGCCCAUGGAGUAAUGCUGGUGUUAUCAUCCCUUUCAGUUGUUGUCUCUCUGGGUUUGAUUGCCUUCACAGCCCUUAAUACUAGCACACUCUUCCCACCAAAUGAUCCUGCUUUAACUCUUAACACUAUUCUUGCUGACACCUGAAAAUCUAUAACAUAUCAGUCUCAUCCAAUUGUGAAUAUUUCCAUAUAUGUUAGUCACAUUCUCACAUAAAAACGAGUUACUAAUGUCAAAAAGAAAAAGCUAUUUUUAACACAGGUUAAUAUAGAGCUAAGUAUGUAUUUCUUCAUAUUGUUUCUUUUUCUUUUUUUCUUUUUGUAUUGUAAUGCUUAAAAGGAAGAGAUAAUCAAACAUAAAUUUACUUAAAA